UUCAAGUUCAGCCUCAGCCCUGAGGCAGCUGUGCUUGUACACGUCUCUGUUCCCAACACUCUGUGAGACUGAGGCAAGAGGAUCACAACUUCAACAUGAACAAGGACAAAUGAGCAACUUAGUAAGGCCCUGUCUUAAAAAUAAAAAGGACUGCUGAUAUAGCUGAGUUCAAAGGUCCUCAGAUCAGGUAACAGCACACUCCCCCAUAAAUAAAUAAAAGGCCCUAUAGUAGAAUUGAAGCUGACCUGCAUAAAGAACAGGGUGGCCAGAAAGGAAAAUAGAGAACAAUGAACGACAAGUCGGAGAGGUAGGUGUGGACCUUGUCAGUCAUGAUGAGGAAUAUGUAUCUUGUUUCAGGUGUGAGAGGAAGCUGUGGCAGGAAUAUAAGGAGGAUCGGAAAAAAAUCUGAUGUGGAUGCUAAAAAGGUCACCCUAGCUGCUCUGAACCAUGGGAGUGAGAGUUCCAGUCUUCACCAUCACCUCUGCACAUCUGUCUCCAAGAUUCCAGAGCUGAUUCUCCAGUCUUUCAACACAGACUCUCCGGCUUCAGGACAUGAACUCUCAUCAAACUCUUCUGUGAGCUCCAGGUCUUUGACCUUUGACUGGAUCACCCGGCUCUCCAGACUGCAGACUGCCUUUUUGCACUCUUCCACACCUGACACUGCAGGCCGCUACUUGAACCCAAACUGAUACAGAAUGCAGUCAACAAACUCAACAAUAUGGAAAACUCACCUGUGCGUGCUGGUUCAACCAUGUACUCAGAAGACUGAAGCAAAAGGAUUUCAAGAUAGAGGCCAGCCUGGACUCGAGGGAGAAACACUAUUUCAAAAAAAACAAAACCGAAAAAAAACCAAAGCAAAAGAAGGAGCACAGCAGCCCAUGGCUCCUCCUACACCUGUUUACUACCAUGUCCUCUACCGAAGACGUGGUGAAACCCAGGUCAGCUGGCAUGGAGAGACCUACUGCCUGGUUGGUGGCUACCGGAGCUAUGGGGAUGCUGCCAUCGCCACCCCAGUAAAGGUCAAAGAAGAGAAGCCAGAAUCCAGGUGGCCCGAUGGGGAUGCUUCCACUGUUACCCCAAUAAAGGCCAAAGCCGAGAAGCCAGUAUCCAUACAGGUUCUCAAAAGGCCUCGAUUUAUGGAAGAAUAUAACCAACAACUAGGGGGCCCUAGCCCCAAAAUUCGCCAGUUAAACAAUGGUGACAAGACUGAAGAAUGGCUCAGCGAUUCUUUUGAGAAGAUGGACAUCGGAGGAGAGAGCUAGUGCCUUCCACUGCCUUUUCUGAAGACAGAAACUGGCAAUCUGGCCAGAUCCCAACUCUGUCAGGAUCUCCCUUCCCUACCAACAACUGUAGGAAAGAGUCAGAAGCUGUGGUUGAAAGGAAUAGUUGCUUUGAGCACCCAGGGCUUCACCUGCUUGAAGAAGGAACCAUACUGUGCAAUCCAAGGAGUCAAAUGCAAAGCAGUCUCAUUGAGGCCUAAUAUACCAGCUGGACUCCUGACCUCAAUCAUUGCCAGCAAUCACCAGUACAAGUGAGGAUGAUUUAGGAUUCCUGAAGUCAGCAGGGGUUUACACAAGGAGCCUCAUGGCUGUGCUCUCAGGAACACCCCCAGAACUUUUACUUCCUUUCUUCCUGGCUUCUGAGAGAUUCCUACAAUUGAAUAAAAUAAUUUUCUGUAACAGUUUUUGACUGGAAAUCAGUUUGUCCAAGGCCACUCUCAAACUUCCAGCUCUCGGGCUGGGGAUUUAGCUCAGUGGUGCU